AUGUGUUUAUUGAUGGAUGUAUCCAACAGAUCAAUUGUUGAUGAAUAUGAUGAAAUCAGUACACUUGACGAAUCAGCUCUUCAAAUGCUUUGUGAAGAAUGGGAACCGAAAUCACAAUUUCCAACUUUACUGACUCGAGUUGCUGGUCUACUUGAAAAAUAUCGAAACAUUCAAUCAUUUCAUACUUGGCAGAAGAAAUAUCUCGAUUUACCAACUCGUCGAAAAAAUCAAAAUCUUAUUUAUAAACUUCCAACAAGUGGUGGCAAAGCAUUAGUUGCUGAAAUAAUGAUGCUUAAUUGUUUACUUUAUCGACAUCUUGAUGUUAUUUUUAUUUUACCAUUUGUUGCAGUUGUUCAAGAGAAAGUAAUAUUUCUUCAACCAUUUGCUGAUAAACUUGCAGCAAGUAAAGGAUGUUAUCCACCAAUAAAACGUCGAAUGAAAACAUCACUUUAUAUUGGUACAAUUGAAAAAGCUAAUUCAUUAAUUAAUCCUUUAAUUGAAAAUCAUCAUAUGGCUGACUUAGGCAUUGUUGUUGUUGAUGACGUACACGCUUAA